AUGCCGUGCCGCAAGCGCCGCGCAGCGUCGCCAGUUGGGAAGAAAACUGCAAAGAUCCACAGAAAUGACAGUGCCGGAGCUGUCAAUGGCCGUGGGAAUUACGAAGACGGAUUCGAAGACAGCGAUGAUAACGACGACGACGAUUACCAGCCCGACGCGGAUCAAGAUGAAAGCGAAAGAAACGACUCUACUCCCGAGGAAGACUCGGAAGAGGCGGAUGAUCCUCCAAGAAAAAUCACCGUUAUCCCUUACAAGGAGUUGCGCCCGCUUGACGGUGUUGAGUACUCUGACACCAGAGUACACCGAAACACUCUCCUAUAUCUGAACGAUCUCCGGACCAACAACAAUCGCGCUUGGUUCAAGAGCCACGACAGGGAAUUCAAACGAGCCAUGAAAGACUGGGAGUCAUUUGUGGCAACGCUGACGCCGAAGAUCAUUGCCUUUGACUCCACAGUCCCUGAGCUGCCACCUCGCGACAUCAUCUUCCGCAUAUAUCGAGACGUUCGCUUCAGCAGGGACCAAAGACCAUACAAAUCUCACUUUUCCGCUGCGUUUUCCCGCACCGGGAGAAGGAGACCAUUUGCCUGCUAUUAUCUCCACCUUGAUCCUGGGUCAUCGUAUGUUGGUGGUGGCCUCUGGGCCCCUGAGCCACCGACCAUCCAGCUUCUGCGCCAGAGCAUUGACGAGAGACCGGAGGAAUGGCGUCGAGUGUUGAGCUCGGAACCAUUCACGAGCAUGUUUCUGCCGACUGCGCAGGAGGGAACGGAAGCCGCCGUGAAAGCAUUUGCUGAUGUCAAUCAGGAGGGGGCGCUGAAGACACAGCCAAAGGGUUAUAACGCAGACCAUCGGGAUGUCCAGCUGUUGAGGUUACGAAAUUACCAUGUUUCCAAACCAGUGGAUGAUGAGAUCUUUACGGCUGAAGACGGUCAAGAGAAGAUAAUUCAUCUCAUCAGCAUUCUUCAACCAUUUGUCACCUUCCUCAAUGCCAUCAUAAUGCCAGAUGAGGACGGAUUCUAA